AUGCACCGAUUGCCCGGGACUGUUAGCCUUGUCGUACGCAACGCUUUGGAGGUGCUGCGGUCUUCUCCCGAUCAUACCGCAAUGGAGUCUGACACAGUCCCAGAUAUGGAAAUGGAGGAGCAGUUGUACCGGUCACGUAAACAACAGAGACAAAAAGCUGUCACUUUACUGGAGGGCCUUUUGCGUGAGGCUAGUAUUUUCACGCGUCUUUUUGAGAUGGAUCCCCUGCUCUGGGCUGAGGCCUGGGUGGAACUGGCCAAGACGGCUCUCUUUAGGGCCAUUCACAAUGAUGCCACCAUGGCCAUUGACGACGGGCAGGAUACCGAUCAGCAGCAGCAGCAGCAGCAGCAGACUGCGGGAAGCAACUUGCCCCGGGUACUUUCUUCCGCCGUACUGACUCAGCGUUACGCCGAUCAGGAAGCCCUGAACGUCACGAUCAGUGGUCUCUUUGAGAACUUCGAUCAGUUCCCCUUCCGGCUUAAUUUUCCACCCUUCGAGAUGGAUGCACUCCCGGCUAAUAGCUGGUUCCUUCCCGUUCUUAAGAACGCGAAGGUACUGCUGGAGGUGUUCUGCCCUCAGCUCAAGGAUUUAGACGGUCAGCGCAGCGGUGGUAGCAGUUUCAUGCAUCACACCCUCGCAUACCGACGUCGGGCUUACGCCCACUUUGUUAAUGGCUUAUAUUCUCACUGCCUGUCAGCCUUUGAAACCAGCACUGUGGAAGGCGAGACGAAUCAGCAGUUGCUGGCAAAUUCGGGCCUAGUGGCCUGCCUGUUUUCUCACUGGCCCAUACCUGUGGACCCUCCUCUGAAUCCAGCCUGGGAGGUGGGUUGCAAACUGGUCUCGCCGCCGCCUCCCCCACCGCCGGUGGGCAUGGUUCGCAUGGCACUUCGACUACUCACCUCUCAGCAGACAGAAGUCGUUGCGGCUGUAGUGCACUUCCUUUCUGAAUUCCUUCUCGUCUAUUUUCUGCGCUUUCGACCCGACGACUACGUUCCUUUCAAUGCUGCCGAACUCGCCCGCGCACACUGUCCCUUCCCGGGGGCUGAUUUCAAAAAUCCCCUGCGCUGGCCGGGUCUCAGGGAUGACAAUUUUGGGAUCGUCUUUGAUCCCACGCUGGACUGUCUCUCCAACGAUCAAGUCUUCCGCCAAUUUCACCACAUCCCUCACAGUGUGGCUGGGUUCAUGCAGAUGUGCGUACGCGGUUACUCGCCCAGCUAG